AUGAUCCGUGGAUUUCCACACUUAGAAGAGGUUGAUGAAGUCUGUGAAAGGUGUCAACUUGGAAAGCAGCAUAGAGAGUGGUUUCCAAAGAACCAAGCAUGGAGAGCAAGAAAUCAUCUUGAGCUAGUUCAUGUGGAUUUGUGUGGACCUAUGCAAAAUGAAUCCACUGCUGGUAACAAGUAUUUCAUGCUUCUUAUAAAUGACUAUACAAGGAUGGUCUGGGUCUAUUUUCUCAGAUACAAGUCUGAUGCAUUGAAUUGUUUUCAAAAGUUCAAGUCCAUGGUAGAAUUGCAAAGUGGUUUUAGAGUGACGUGUUUGAGAAGUGACAGAGGUGGUGAAUUCACAUCCUGUGAAUUCAACAAAUUGUGUGAAGAAGAAGAAAGCAUUCAAAGACAACUCUCUAUGGCCUAUACUCCACAACAAAAUGGAGUAGUGGAAAGGAAGAAUAAAACUGUGGUUGAAAUGGCAAAAGCCAUGCUUCAUGAGAAAGGAUUACCUUAUUAUUUGUGGGCAGAAGCUGUACACAUAGCUGUCUACAUACUAAAUAGGUGUCCUACUAGAGCACUUGGAGAUAAAACUCCAUUUGAAGUAUACAAUAAGAGAAAACCAGGGAUUGCUUAUUUUAAAAUAUUUGGUUGUUUGUGUUAUGUGCACAUACCAAGUGAAGUGAGACAGAAGUUAGAUGCAAAGAGUACCAGGGAUAUAUUUAUGGGUUAUGCAACUUGUGAAAGAGGUUACAGAGUGAUGAUUCUAUCACUAAGAAGCUUCUACUCUCAAGGGAUGUUGUGUUUGAUGAAAAUGCAGCUUGAGAUUGGAAGGAAAUGUCUGAGAAACAAGUAA